GCAACGGAGAGUCCGUGAUUUCCUUUCAGGCCAACUUUCCCCUCCCAUCAAACGCGCGAGUUUUUUUUUUGGGGAAAAUGUUGAAGAGCUGAGACGAAGCUUAAGUAGUGAGGAGAGUGCGAGAGAUAUAAAGAGAGGAUGUCUCAACCGCAGAAGAAGGGUGCCUCUGGAGCGGGGAAAGGUCCUCCGAAGGGCGGAGGCGCCGGUGACGCUAACGGUAAUAAAGAGGACGGCAAAGAGAAGAAGACGAAGGAUAAGGAGGUGAAAGAGGCGAAGGAUAAGGAUGAGGUGGGAAGCGUCGUUGAUGAAGAAGCUGCUGCAGCUGCGGCCGUCGUUCCGAAGCCCCAGAGCGCCGGGGCUACCGUCCGCGAUGCCGCCCAGAAGGUGCUGGCUCUCUGCCAGAAGGGAGAAUGGGGUCCCGUCGAUCAGGUCAUCAAGUCCAUGGAGAAGGCCAUGGCCAAUGCGGGCGAAGACGCCAACACGAUGCCCCUCUUGGGAAUCGCCGAUCCAGCGACGGGGAUGACACCGCUGAUGUACGCGGUCAAAGACAAUCGGACCUCAAUUCUGGAUCGACUCAUCGAGCUCGGAUCCGACGUCGGAGCCAGGAACAAUGAUAACUACAAUGCGCUGCAUAUAUCCGCAAUGCAUUCGAGGGAGGACGUCGUCAAGUUGUUGCUCACCAAACGAGGUGUCGAUCCGUACUCGACCGGAGGGAGCAGGCAGCAGACGGCCGUGCAUUUGGUGGCAUCGCGACAGACGGGCACAGCGACUGCAAUCCUUCGAGCUCUUCUGGCCUCUGCGGGAAAGGAUAUUAGGUUGAAGCCGGACGGGAGGGGAAAAAUACCGUUGCUGUUGGCUGUGGAAGCAGGGAAUCAAUCAAUGUGCAGGGAACUCUUAGGGGCACAGACGGCCGAUCAGCUGAAGGCUUCUUCGGCCAACGGAGAUACGGCACUUCAUCUCGCUGCAAGGAGGAAAGAUAUUGAUAUGGUCAGGAUUUUGGUUGAUUAUGGUACAAGCGUCGAUAUCCAAAACGGCGAAGGACAGACACCUCUUCAUAUAGCAGCCGCCGAAGGUGAUGAAAUCCUGGUGAAGUAUUUCUAUGGAGUCAGGGCCUCAGCUUCCAUCACCGAUAAUCAAGAUAGGACUCCUAUGCAUCUAGCAGCUGAAAAUGGACAUGCAAGCAUUAUUGAACUGUUGGCGGACAAAUUCAAAGCUAGUAUUUUGGAAAGAACCAAGGAUGGCUCCACUUUAAUGCAUAUUGCUUCGUUGAACGGUCACGCCGAUUGCGCGAUGAUGCUAUUUAAAAAAGGAGUCUAUUUGCAUAUGCCCAACAAAGACGGGGCUCGGAGUAUUCACACCGCCGCGAGGUAUGGCCACGUUGGGAUAAUCAAUACUCUUAUCCAGAAAGGCGAAAAAGUGGAUGUUACAACGAAUGAGAAUUACACUGCUCUGCAUAUUGCGGUGGAAUCGUGUAAACCUAUCGUUGUUGAAACCUUGCUGGGAUAUGGUGCUGAUGUCCAUAUAAGAGGUGGUAAGUUAAAAGAAACCGCAUUGCAUAUAGCUGCUCGUGUCAAGGACGGAGAGAGGUGCGCUUUGAUGUUAUUGAAAUCCGGAGCUGGCCCGAAUUUGACCACUGAAGAUGGACAAACUCCUGUACAUGUAGCUGCGCAAUACGGCAACUUGCAGACCUUAGAGUUUCUUCUAGAAGAUGGAGGAGAUCCGCAAUAUAAGAACAAGAAAGGCGAGACACCACUGCACUUAGCUUGCAAGGGUUGCAGACCGGACGUCGUUCAGCAUUUAAUCGAUUACGUGAAAUUGAAUAAAGGGGAAGAUAAAGUAGCCAUAUACGUGAACGAAUUGAAUGAAUUUGAUGAAACUGCUCUGCAUUACAUCUGCAACGUGAGCAAAGCAGACGUUGAGCUGCCUGGAGCUGACAGGGGUUGCGUUAAGGUGCUUCUUCAGAAUGGAGCUGAUGUCAGUUUAGUAUCGAAACUUGCGCACGAAACUGCGUUCCACUAUGUUGCCGAAGUUGGAAACAACGAAGUCUUCACCGAAAUGAUAUCGCACAUGCCUGUGACUGAUGUUCAGAAAGCUUUGAAUAGACAAUCGGCAAUUGGUUGGACCCCUUUAUCAAUAGCCUCUCAUAAAGGACACGUGGAGCUCGUCCAUAAUUUGUUAGCGAACCACGCCAGAGUUGAUGUCUUUGAUCACGAAGGUCGAUCUGCUCUUCAUUUGGCGGCAGAAAAAGGAUACAUCCAGGUUUGCGAUUACCUCCUCACAAACAAGGCCUUCAUUAACUCCAAAUCGAGGAACGGACGGACUGCUCUUCAUUUAGCCUCGUUGAACGGCUAUAUACAUUUAGUGAAGUUUCUCAUUAAAGAUCACAAUGCAGUCAUCGACAUUUUAACUUUAAAGAAGCAAACGCCUUUGCAUUUGGCUGCAGGCGCUGGACAGAUUGAAGUCUGCAAGCUACUGCUAGAGUUAGGAGCUAAUAUUGAUGCCACAGAUGAUCAGGGCCAGAAACCUAUCCACGCAGCAGCCCAGAAUAAUUAUUCCGAAGUGGCCAAGUUAUUCUUACAACAACAUCCGAGUCUUGUGAUGGCCACUACCAAGGAUGGUAAUACUUGUGCGCAUAUCGCCGCAGCCCAAGGAAGCGUGACGGUGAUAGAAGAGCUGAUGAAGUUCGAUAGAUCCGGAGUGAUUUCUGCGAGAAACAAGUUGACGGAUGCUACUCCUUUGCAAAUCGCUGCCGAAGGUGGGCACGCUGAUGUGGUAAAGGCUUUGGUAAGAGCUGGAGCUAGUGUAACGGAUGAAAAUAAGAAUGGAUUCACAGCCGUGCAUUUGGCUGCAAAGAAUGGGCAUGGCCACGUCUUGGAGGUGUUAAGAUCUUCUAACACUUUGAGGGUGACCAGUAAAAAAUUAGGAGUAACGCCUCUUCAUGUUGCUGCGUACUUUGGUCAAGCGGAUACAGUUCGCGAGUUGCUGAUAUAUGUACCAGGCACUGUUAAAUCAGAAGUACCGAAUGGAGCUUCAUUGGUUCCAACUUUGGGAAACGAAUCUGGAAUGACUCCUUUACAUUUAGCCGCCUAUUCUGGAAAUGAGAAUGUCGUUAGGCUUCUCCUAAAUUCAGCUGGAGUACAAGUAGAUGCAGCGACUCACGAAAACGGAUAUAACCCAAUGCAUUUAGCUUGCUUUGGAGGCCAUACAACUGUCGUUGGUUUGCUGCUCAGUAGAUCAGCGGAGUUGCUUCAAAGCACGGAAAAGCAUGGAAAGACAGGUCUUCACAUAGCUGCAACCAAUGGUCAUUACCAGAUGGUUGAAGUAUUGCUGGGUCAAGGAGCAGAAAUCAAUGCAACCGAUAAGAACGGAUGGACUCCACUGCAUUAUGCUUCGAGAGCUGGCUGUUUCGAUGUAGUUAAACUUCUCACGGAAUCCGGUGCUUCGCCGAAAUCAGAAACUAAUUUAGGUGCGGCGCCAAUUUGGUUUGCUGCUUCUGAAGGCCAUCACGACGUUCUGGAAUAUCUAAUGACCAAAGAGCAUGAAACUUAUUCCUUAAUGGAAGAUAGACGAUUUGUAUAUAAUUUGAUGGUGUGCUCGAAGAAUCAUAACAACAGACCUAUAGAGGAAUUCAUUCUUGUAUCACCUGCGCCGGUGGACACGGCUGCAAAAUUAUCGAAUAUCCUUAUAACACUGUCCACGAAAGAGAAGGAAAGAGCCAAAGAUUUGAUAGCUGCUGGAAAACAUUGCGAGUACAUGGCUACUGAGCUUUUAGCUUUGGCUGCUGGUGCUGAUUCUGCUGGAAGGAUAUUAACGGCGACCGAUAAUCGAAAUGUGGAGUUCCUCGAUGUGUUAAUCGAAAACGAACAGAAAGAGGUGAUUGCUCAUACUGUUGUGCAAAGGUAUUUACAGGAGCUGUGGAGAGGACAAUUAAAUUGGACAACUUGGAGAACGUUGCUGCUGUUCAUCGGAUUUAUUUUAUGUCCUCCUAUUUGGGUGGCAUUCACGCUACCUCUAGGUCAUAAAUACCAUAAAGUGCCCAUCAUCAAAUUCAUGUCCUACCUCACCUCUCACGUCUACUUAAUGUUCUUCCUUUUACUGACGGCGAUCUUCCCGUUCUACCCGGUGGUAAGGCCGGGUCUCAUCCCUUACUGGUACGAGUUGGUUCUUCUGAUUUGGCUCAGCGGUUUGUUGCUAUUCGAGUUGACGAAUCCCAGCGACAAAUCCGGCCUUGGUUGGAUCAAGUUAUCGGUCCUCCUCUUCGGCAUCUUCGGAGUUGCGGCUCAUCUCUUCGGAAUGGUCGCAAUCGAAAAGAUGUACUGGCCAACGUUGAUGUACUGCCGGAACCAACUCUUUGCCAUCAGCUUCCUACUAGCCUGCGUUCAAAUCCUGGACUUCCUUUCAUUCCAUCACCUCUUCGGACCGUGGGCCAUCAUCAUCGGUAACCUAAUGAAGGACUUGGGACGUUUCCUGGCGGUGCUGGCGAUCUUCGUGUUCGGUUUCUCCAUGCACUUCGUCGCCCUCAAUCAACCCUUCAAGAACUUCUCGUACGAGGAGGCGCGUCGCUUCGGCCCAAAUUCUACGCCGAAAACCUACUUUGCAGAAGAAAGGUUGGAGGCGGAAUGGAUCGGCCAGAGGCCACGCAAGUUUACGCACUCCUCUGUGAGACGCAAACACCAACCUCAGUCAGACGGUAUGAUGAUGAACCCGCUGAAGGCGUUCGAAUUGUUAUUUUUCGCGAUAUUCGGACAGACAACGUACGAAGACCUUACCGUCAGGGGGAAGACCCUCUACAGACCCUUGUGGACGGACAGCCUGUUCAAGCUGGUGUUCGGAGUGUACAUGCUCGUCUCGGUCGUCGUUCUGAUUAAUCUCCUGAUUGCUAUGAUGUCUGACACGUACCAACGCAUCCAGGCCCAAUCGGACAUCGAAUGGAAAUUCGGACUGAGUAAGUUGAUCCGUUCAAUGCACCGCACCACUUCGGCUCCGUCUCCCAUCAAUCUCAUCACCACGUGGCUCUUCUACUUGGUAAAACUCUGCAAGCAAAGAAUGAAAGCCAAGAAGAGGACUAGUCUGGUAAAUCUGAUGGGCGGCUUCCAGAGGACGCAACAGCUUAGUCCUAGAUCCAAAGCAGGUCAGAAAUGGUUGUCCAAGGUGAAGAAGGGCAGACAGAUCGCACCCAAAGAGUCCGUCGCACUUUCUGUGGCCCAUCUCAGUCCUUUGGGUUCCCAACUGAGCUUCUCCAUCCAAACGAACCGCAUCGAACACGUCACCGAUUGGGAGGCAAUUGCGAAGAAGUACAGAGCAUUAACUGGAAGCGUUGACGAGGUCAAGGAAUCCGGAACGGAGGAGGACGAAGACGACGAUAACCAACCUACCCAAAUGGGUAACAAUGUCGGCGGCGGUUGAUUAUUUAAAAAACUGUUUCAAAUAUUUGUAUGUGCCAUAAAUUGUAAAGGUUUGUAUAUAGAACUUCUUUCUUAUAAAAUUACGAACUAUUCGAACGAAAUGAAAGCUUUGGUGUUAAACUAGUUGCACAGUGGGAACCAUCUAUUUCCAAACCCUCUGCUAAAGAUUGGUAUAUAUUUUUUAAACUCACUUGUAUAU